CCCGCGCUUGAUUUUCUUUUUUCUAUCACCCACCUACUAAUUUCCGUACCCCUGUUCGCGUCGCUCGCUCGGGUUUGGAUCCGAGCGGAGGCCCGGCCGGCGGAUGCUGUAGAGAAAUGGCGGAGGCCGUCGCGUCCGCGGGCGGGCUCGCCAUGGCGGCAGCCUCGACCUCCGUCACGCCCGGCCAGGUUUCUGCUAUUCUGGGGUUUCUUUGGGUUUUCGCAGCCUGGGCGUAUGCUGAGGUUCUCUUUCAUAGGAAGAAUGCUGCUUCUAUUAAAACUAGACACUCGGAUGUCAAUUUAGCAGUAAUGGAUAACAGUUCAGUCAAAGAAGAUCAAACACUUCUGUUGGAGGAGGGUGGCCAAGCUGUAGCUGCAAAGCCAGCUUAUACUUCCCUCACAUCACAAAUGCUCAGACUUUUCUUCAUGGACCAGAUGCUUCUUCUGGAGAAUCGUUUAACACUGAGGGCAAUAUCUGAGUUUGGAGGGUAUCUACUUUAUUUUUACAUAUGUGAUCGUACUGACUUACUCGGAGAGUCUGCUAAGAAUUACAGCCGAGAUCUGUUCCUUUUCCUCUACUUUCUUCUCAUCAUUGUAGCAGCUAUGACUUCCUUUAAAGUCCAUCAAGACAAGUCUGCAUUCACAGGAAAAUCUAUAUUGUACCUGAACAGGCAUCAAACUGAAGAAUGGAAGGGUUGGAUGCAGGUGCUAUUCUUGAUGUACCACUACUUCAAUGCUAAAGAGAUCUACAAUGCAAUCCGUGUGUUUAUUGCUGCAUAUGUCUGGAUGACUGGAUUUGGCAACUUCUCUUAUUAUUAUGUGAGGAAGGAUUUCAGUCUCGGACGGUUUGCUCAGAUGAUGUGGCGCCUCAAUUUCUUUGUUAUAUUCUGCUGCAUUGUCCUGAACAAUGACUAUACACUCUAUUAUAUUUGCCCUAUGCACACCCUUUUCACCCUAAUGGUUUAUGGUGCUCUUGGAAUUCUAAACAAAUAUAACGAGAUUAGAUCGGUGAUAGCAAUGAAAUUUGUUGCUUGCUUCUUGGUUGUUAUCCUUGUAUGGGAAGUUCCAGGUGUCUUUGACAUAGUAUGGAGUCCAUUUACGUUUCUUCUAGGCUAUACUGAUCCUUCUAAACCAGAUCUCCCCCGUUUGCAUGAGUGGCAAUUCCGAUCUGGACUGGAUCGCUACAUUUGGAUCGUGGGGAUGAUAUAUGCGUAUUACCACCCAACUGUUGAGAAGUGGAUGGAGAAGCUGGAAGAAACUGAACUGAGAACCAAACUCUAUAUUAAGGGCUCGAUAGUUACAGUAUCUUUGACGGCUGGUUAUUUGUGGUAUGAAUACAUCUAUAAGCUGGAUAAGAUUACAUACAACAAGUUACAUCCCUAUACAUCCUGGAUCCCCAUAACUGUCUACAUAUGCCUACGCAACUUCACCCAGGAAUUCAGGAGCUUCUCUCUCACACUAUUUGCCUGGCUUGGAAAGAUUACACUGGAGACAUACAUAUCUCAGUUCCACAUCUGGCUCAGAUCAAGGGUGCCCAAUGGACAACCGAAAUGGCUAUUGUCAAUAAUCCCAAAUUACCCACUGCUCAAUUUCAUGCUCACUACUGCUAUAUAUGUCGCGGUUUCCCAUAGGCUCUUUGAAUUGACUAAUACCUUGAAGAUCGCAUUUGUACCUAGUCGUGACAACAAGCGCCUCUCAUACAAUUUUGUAGCAGGAAUUGCCAUUUCGGUGGCAAUAUACUGUGUAUCAUUUGUUCUAGUUGGCAUCGCAGGAUACUAGGAAAUUUUUUUUUUCAUUUCAAGUGUUCUAUUUGGUGUUCUAGUUCAACGACUAGGCCAGUUCAGUUGUGAGCAAAUUCAAGGCAACACGUCAUGCGCUGCCCAGAAAGCUGCCAUUUCUUUCACUGGAGUAAGUUUUACCUGAGUUCCUUGGUGAAAAGUUAUCGAGCUGCGUUGCGCAAGAACAGAUCAGUGUAACAUAUGAGUGAACCAACCCCUAGAAGGGCAUAUGAUAAGAAUAGAUAUUCCUGUAUAGCCGUUGAGAUGCAUACGUCGGCUGUUGAAAUCAGAUGUUGUUUCCUAUUUUUAUUUAAUAUAGACAGAAUGGUGAUGAGAAGUUCGACUA